AUGACAUCCAACACUGCGGAGUGUAUUAACUCUUACUUGAGGCAUGCAAGAAAAAUGCCAAUAACGGUGUCAAUCGAGUGCAUCAGAGGCAUGUUUCAACGUUGGUUCCAUGACCAGCACAAUGAGGCAUUGAAUUUGACCAUGCCCCUCAACCCUUGGGCUACCGAUUUGUUGAACAGAUGGUUCAAUAAAGCAUGUCGCUUUUCCAUACAAGCAAUUGAUCGGGUGGAGUUUCAAGUUAUAAGCGAGAGUAAGGACAAAGUGGUGAACCUCUCCACCUAUGAGUGUUCAUGUGGUGAGUUCCAGUCUGAUCUACUCCUCUGCACGCAUGCCAUGGCGAAAAUAAGUAAGUGCAAAGGUCCAGCCAUUGAAUUUUGCUCAGACUAUUACAAGACUCAAUCUUGGGCGGAGGGAUAUGCGGUUCCCAUUCGCCCGGUUGGGCAUCCUAGUGAGUGGGACAUCCUCGAUGACGUUCAACAUAUUGUCGUUUUUCCACCAAGUUGGCGAGGUCAAGCGGAAAGGCCUAGGAGGAAAAGGAUUCCAUCAGUUGGGGAAGGCAGCGAACGACGUAGAUGUUCACAAUGCAAGAGCUAUGGUCAUAAUAGACAAAAUUGCCAGACUCCGUUUGCAGCUCCACCGACAACUAGGAAACAUCAUCUGCUCAUUCGAUGGCUCGAUGACGAUGACCCAAGGCAUGUGCAAUUUGCAGACAACCUGGGCACACAAAAAACUGCUGUCCAAUGCCCUCUACAAACUCUGAUAACGUUAUAG